AUGGACAACGAAUUACCAGCGAAGAAGCCCACCGAAACGGGUCCGAGUGCGGCGCCAGAGGUAAAAAUCUUGCAAAGAAUGUCCCAAAACUAGAUUUCAAGGGAAAUGGCCUAGAAACUAAAUAAAAAUGAGUUUUUCUCGAGUUUUUAGAGGUCCACGGCGAAAUUGAAAAACGCGGUUCAAAUGGAAAUCUCUUUUUCGAUACGCUUUCUUUUUUUUUCAAACAAUCGAUUUCUGAGAUCGGAAAUUGUCAGUGUCGUAAGAAAUUGAAAGAUCUAAAAAUCCUCAUAAUUUGUCGAUAAAAUUCCGGCGAUUCCAUCAGAAAAUAGAAUUUUUCCGAUUGUAGAUGGUCGAUUUGACUCUGGACGAGGACGAGGAAGAGCAAGCGGUUUUCGAGGCGCCGUCAGAGCAAGUACGCGAAAUUCUGAACGAUCUGAUCAGACAGAAUCAAGACGAAACGGCGGAUGAUGAUGUGAGUAAAGUUACAGAAAUAAUAAAAACAACACAAUUGCAGGACUGUUUCGUUGUGGACGAAAAAGCGGGCGACGGUUCCGCCGAGCGAGAGACGGACGAAUCGCUGGCAGACAAGGCGAACGAGAUGCUCUCGUGGUUCGUCACGCUCAAAACGGAGCACUUUACGAAUUUCAACCCGAACGGUCCCGAAUAUCUGACCGAAAUGAUCACCGAAAAUCCGAUUGUGAAUGCCGCCAAAGGAUUGGAGGUUGCGAAAAAGUUCAAGGAAACGGGCACGUUGGACGGACUCGUCGAAGAGUUUGAACUGCCCAACGAGGAGAUUCUCGUCGUCGCUAUUUGCAUUGGAAUACUCGAAGGUACGGAACAUUCUGGAGCAAUUUUGACAUAAUCCGAUCUUACCGAAACUUUGCAGGCUUUUUGGACUUGGAUUGAAGUGUUUUGGGUUUAAGUUUGAAACCGAUCCGAUUGGCUGGUCUCGAGAUGUCCACGGCAAACCCAGUGUAUUUCAGGACCAGUUGAUCGGAACGGUCUUAAACUUGGCCCCAAUAUACUUCAGUCCUAGUCGAAGAAGUCUGGAGAGCUCGGACCCGAUCGGAUUAGUGAAUCAAAAGCCCAAGCCCGGGAUUGCAAAAAACAACUAGAAAUCGUUAAUUUUUCAGAGGAAAACGAGCUGGACAUCGAGUUCACUCCGCUGUGCGAGGACCGCGUCGACGAGUGGACCCUCCGUCGAUGCCUCGACUUCCUGAGCGAACCGACGAGCGGAGUGCACGCGCGACACGGUCCUCACCGGCUCAUGCGAUUUUUGCUGACCACACCCGCUCAGACGGUCCUCGCCCUCACGAUCGUCUUUUUGGACGCGAACAAACGGCCAUCGCGCGUGAAUUUCCGACAAGAGAAUCCGGCCAGAAUCGUCGAAUCGGCACUCGAAUCGAUCGAAUUGCCGUUGGCGGUCAUGGAGAACGCCGCACAGUUUUGGAGGGAACGCGAUGCGGAAGACGAGGGGAAAGAGGAGAAGGACCCCAUGAAAAAGUUUGUAAAUUUGGGAAUAACUCGAAUAUUCCGGUUUUCUUCAGUGAAAAAUCGGUAAAACCCACGAGUGCUUCCCAGAUUUGAUCCUUUUGGAAUUGAAAGUGUUUAGUGGAAAUUUUAGUCCGAUCAUCUGAUACGGCUAUGGCCUGAUAAUCGUGCUAACUUAGAGUCCCCGUUUGAAUCAAACUUGUCGAAAUCCGGCCCGUUUGGAGAAAAACAUUGACUCAGAAAUUAUGUCUUGAAACUUUAGUACUAAAACCAGGGUCGCGCGCGACAAGUCUGAUUCAGAUAGGCGAAACUAGAUAGUUGCCCAAUUGCAGGGAACUCUCCGAGUUCUUCCGCGACCUGGAAACGACGGCGUCGGACAUAGGAGCGCACGUGCAGAAGAUCAAGGGAUGCCGCGACGAGAUUCUCCGAUUCGACGAAAAACAAUCGGACUUUGUCGAUGCGCAAGUGCUAGAAAUUGUGCCGUGCUCCGAAGAGCAGCGGGUGCAGUUUGCGGAGCUCGACGCGCAAUUCGCGCUGCUCCAAGAGCAGAUCCGCGAGACGACGGCGGCGGCGCGGCAGAUCUACGAGGGCUCCGCGCGCACCGCCCAGCAGUUUGUGAUCGCCGUCGGCGAGUACUGUCUCGCGAGGGCGCACUCGUCGGACGAACAGGAACUGCUGCUCGCGGUCGUCGAGAAGCACGUCGAUCCGUUCUAUUAUCGGGUCAAGUUUGUGGACACUGCCCAACUGGCUACCAUUCAUGUCAGAGACAUGGCCAUUGCCAGCUAUGGACUGGAGGACCCAAGGUUGGAGGGUCUUAUUGAUGUUGGUAAGUGGAGAAUUCAAAAUUUCGUUUUUUUUUCUGCAAAAAGUGCAGUUCUGGCGAGAAAUGCCGAAACCUUUAACCUUUUCUCGACUCAAUAGUUUUUGAGCUACAAGUUCUCUUAAAGAUGGAUCAGAUAUUCAUCUUGGUCAUUUUAGGACUAUUUUCGUCAUUCGAGCUCUGAAAAUGGUAAAUGCAUAGCUAUUUACACGUUUUUCAAACAACCGUUCCUACUUUUCUGCUGUUUCUCACCAAUUUAAAACUUCAGGCCUCCGCGUGGCGACGCUCCGACCGUUCCGAGUGAGCGAAGACUGCGUCCGAUACGAAUGGAUCUCGGGAGUGAUCGCCGGCCGCCGUCUCACGCACAAAGAGCACCUGCUCGUGUUCCUCGACAACGGCAUCGAUUGCUACGUGAAGGCGCCGACCCAUCCGGGAUCGGAGAACUACGACGCGGCCCGAAGCCUCGCGCCGAACUGUUCAGUGACGGAAGUGAGGAAGCGACUGCGGGCGGCGCAGAUAGCGGUGAUGCUCGGACAGCCGCUGAACGCCGACGGAACGCUCGAGCGCGCGCUGGUCUACAACUGGGUGCGCGAUUCGGCGAAAGCGGAUUACAUACGACAGUUCAUGGCCAAGUUCCCCGAGUGGCAGAUGCUCCGAAUGUCCCCCGGAAUGCGCUUCCUCGUGCACAAAUCGCUGAGCGACAAACGAAAGGAUUCGGCGGUCGUGGUGGGUGUGGACCGCGCGUUUGCGAUCAUGAGAUACGCAAUGGACAAGUCGAUGCCCGGCUACGACUGUCUCGAAUGGCCGUGCACGAAAAUCGGCCACGUACAUCGCGACGAGCACAUCUUCCGCGGAUCACAUCGAUUCGAUGGAGCCGAGGUAAACUGAAAAGGAUGUUUGAGAAACGCCAAAACUUUCCGGCGGCAACCAUAUAUAAGGGACACUUGGGGCAACCUGACAACCUGUUACAGUCGCGGUAAAGUCGGACAAUUCACUCGUUUUCAGCACAAAAAAGACCUGCUCAACUCGCGCAACAACCUCUCAAAACGCCGUCGCGGUCAAUUCGCGUCGCAAUUCGAGCCGUCGGAGCCGGAGCGCGCGAUGCCGGUGCGCAAGAAUCAGGGGACGCGCAGAAGCCGCGACGGUGGAAACGUUGACGUGAUUCUCGUGGAGGACGAGGGUUUGCCGAAGCAGCAAGUGGAGGAGAACAAGAAGAAGCAGACGCUGUUCACGAAGAUCCGCAAUCCGGUGCCCGUCCUGCCGCACCUCGAGACUUUGAAGGUUCACGAGCAGUGCGGACCCGAUUGUCUCGGCGAGGCGGACGCGGAUCCGUACGACGCGAAGUUCCACCGAUGCUCGCCGCUCCACGCGCCUCUUCUGUGCGGCUGGAGACGCCAUCGAUACGAUAUAAAGGGAAAUGCGAAGAGAUCCGUCAUGAAGUCGUGGAUUGCGUACUUUGGACCGUGUGGAAAACCGCUGGAAACUCUUGAGGACGUCUCCGAAUAUCUGAGGGAGACCCGCAGCCAACUGACCAUCGACUGUUUCUCGUUGGACGAGGAGGUCGACACGGAAACCUAUGUGGUCGUGGAUCCGAAGUACGUGAAGGUCGAAGACUUCUCGGGCGGCGUCGAGGGCAUUCCGAUCCCGCUGGUCAACUCGGUCGACGAGACGCCGCCGCCGAAGCUCGAGUACUCGAAACGACGCUUCCAGUACGACGAGACGGUCAACUUGUCGAGCAUCCACCGCGACUUUUGCUCCGGGUGCACUUGCGAGGGCGACUGCAGCGAUGCGAGCAAGUGCGAGUGCCAGAAACUCUCCAUCGACGCGCUCAAACGCUUGCCGAAGCGGUUGCAGCAGAUUGCGGCGGAUGUCGACAUGUAAGUGCGCUCCACUGUAGUUUUAGCGGACAAAUUGAAGAUUUCAGGAGACGCUUCAAAAUUAUCACUUUUCAAUUUUUUUUCAACCAGAAAUGUGCUAAUUUUCUUCAAGUAUUCAUAUUUGCAGCAUACCGCAUUACAAAAACCGUCAACUGUUCAACAAGGUCAUCAGCGGGCUGUACGAGUGCAACGAUCAGUGCUCGUGCCAUCGCAAAGCGUGUCACAAUCGAGUGGUCCAGAAUAACAUCAAGUAUCCGAUGCAGGUACACUUUUUCUCGGAAAUGUACUGAAAAUUUCAUCAAAGUAUCAAUUUCAGAUCUUCAAAACGGCGCAAUCGGGCUGGGGAGUGCGUGCGCUGACGGACAUUCCGGAAGGCGCGUUUCUUUGUAAUUACGUCGGCGCGAUGCUCACGAGCGAGCUGGCGGAGAAUCUCAAAGAUGACGAUCAGUAUUUUGCGGAUUUGGACCUGAAAGACACGAUAGAGGAGAACAAAGUGGACGAGGAUAACGAAAAGGACGAGGGAUUCGGCGGCGGACUGUCGGACGAGUCGAACAGUGAAGAAGAGGUCGACGUGGAAGAAGCGGAGGACGCCUACGAUCGGCCGGUUGUGAUCAGGUCACAGACGAGUUCGAGCGAUGCAGAAAGAGUCGUGAAAACGCGCCAGGACAAGAAGAAGGAGCAGGAGCUGGAGAAGAGGGAGAAGGAGAAGGAGCCGACGGGCAGCGGGCAGGUGUUCCAGUGGGAGGAGUACUUCGAGGACUCGGCACUUUUUGUCGUCGACGCCAAGUUGAAGGGCAAUCUGGGAAGGUCUGUAUGGUUCUUGGAAGAUCGCUUGCCGCGAGGAUUCCAAAAGUGUUUUCCGAUUUUGCUCCGGACCUUUGAACAUCGAAAAAACCUCAUUUGACUAGGGACUUGCUUUUCUGUUCAUUAAAGAAUACAUUAAGAAAAAGAAGAAAAGUUCCUAGUCAAAUGAUGGUUCUCUCAAUGUUCAAAGCUCCAUCGUAUCAAAAUAGGAAACAGGUCUAGAAUCCUCAUGGCAAAGUCUUCAUAGGCUUCGAAAAAACGCGAACAAUUGCAGAUUCCUGAACCACUCGUGCGAUCCGAACGUGCAAGUGCAGCACGUAAUGUACGACACGCACGACCUGCGCCUUCCGUGGGUCUCGUUCUUCACGACGAAAGCGGUGAAGGCGGGCGACGAACUGUGCUGGGACUACGCCUACACAGUGCUCAAUCCGGACGUCGAGCGGGUCAGUGUCAGAUGAUUCUAGGGAAUUCUUGGUAGAAAAAUGUCAGGUUCCGUGAAAUUUGACACCUAGAUCGUAUUUUCCCGUUGUUAUUUUUUAAAAACCAGUCCAAACCCUCUCUUUUUUCAGCUCACCUGCCACUGUGGAGCCGAGAAUUGUCGUCGUCGUCUUCUUUAA